GACAUUCAGAAUCCUUUGCUGUAGUUUGUAGCUUCAUUGCUUGCUUGAUUGAUUGUUUGCCUGCGGGGAGGGAUGAUUGGAUUCAGUGCUUCUAGUUUCCCCCCUAUAAUGGACUGUCUGUUCGUGGUCGCUGAUGGUGGAAGUGGCACGGGCGAUGGCGCCACACUGUCGUGUGGAGCGAUGGGAAGUAGAAUGCGUCGCACAUGCCAUGCGGGGGUGGAAGCUUCUGCUCCUCGUGACGGCCGCUUCUAGAGCUUCAACCUUCUGCAGAAAGUCUGGUCUGCAGUGAGCUGGAUGGCGACGACCGCGCGAGUCCAGAGGGCUGUUGAAAGUCGUUGUCGGGCCUGGUUUCGGGCUGAUCACGGUGGACGGAUCCUUUCUUGACUGGUUAGGUGGCGUUGUGGACUUGGAUGAGACCUGCUCGAGAAUUGCACAGGUUUCAUGCUAAUUUGUGGAAGACCCGCUCACAUUUUGCAACGCUGGAAAAGAUGUUUCUUUUGAUAAAUUUCCUGCUGAAGAAUUUCUACACCCGAAAUCUAUCAUCUCAGAAAUUGCACAGGUAUUCGUGAUAGUUCAGAACACACUCGAAAGGUGAUACGAAGGUUGGCUGGGAAUUGGACGAAUGAAAGAAAAGAAAAAAGAAAAAAAAAGCGCAGCGAAACGAGUUGUGGUCUCUUUAAAAAAAAUUCUGUGACCGACUUUAGGCAGUAGAGCCUUGCACAUGAGAUGGAAUUUUUUUAUAUGGUUGCUGUGUAUAAACUCAAAUUCGGGUAUCGUUGCUGACAGUAGUUGGCCAUGCAUACUACUCGAGCAUAUUUUUUUUCUGUGGAAAGAGUAGCAUGACUUGUGGUCCGUAUAAGCGCUUGGACUUAUCGUCUAAGUAGCUCACAAGCGCUUCAAGGGUAGCAUUGAUCAACUGGUAUUUCUACCCGUUUAUUCGAUUUCAUAUGACUCUUCUGCUGCAUCAGUGAACACGACAAUAUGGAAGAGAAUAUGGUUUUUAACUGAUUUUGCAGCGUGGUUCAGUAUUGGGUACGACAAAUUUUUGUUAUCAAAUAGGGCGUAAGACAUUCUUGCUAUAAUUCUCAAGGCACAAGCAUUUUCUGGUGUAUACCAAGCAUGGAACACAUGGACACUGACGACUUGAUUGUGGAAUUGCAAGCCUGUCCCAACUAUUCUGAUUCCUACAUGGGCCUUAUACCCCGGCGGAUGCAUCUUAUGUACAAGUACUUAGAUCUAAAGGGAGAAGAACCUUGGCCGUUCUUGGAGGAGUACUUUGGUGUUGCAUUGGCUUUUGCAGCACUUGGAGCGCUAAUCCACAACACAAAUAAGAUGGACAAUGAAAUGAAUACCAUCGAUCUUCACUCUCAGAGGGUGGCUCUCGAGUCCAUGUUGUCAAAAACCAUGGGCUGGUUGCACAAAAUAGCACAGGAUGCUCUGCAUUUACAAGAUAGAUUUACAGCAUCGGAAAUAGCUAGGGACAGAGAUAGUAUUGCUUGGAAGGAAGAAAAGGCCGUUCUUGUGAAAAAAAUUGAAAGUGCUGAAUUAGAGGUUAUCGAAUUGAAGAAGAGGAGGGAAGAGGACUCGAGAGCGAAUGAGAAGGUUGUGCGCAUUUAUGCCACCCAAGAGCAGACCUGGAAGAGUGAGAGAAAGAAGCUCCGUCAUGAAAUUGGUCUCCUACGGAAGGACCUGUUAAAGGCUGAAGUCGGUGAGCUGUGUGGAUAUAAAUCCACUACGAGAGGUAACUGUUGCGAGAUGUGUGAUCAGAUGGGAAAACAUUUAAAGGAGCUUCAAGCAGCACUUAGUGAAAAGCAGUCUCUUCUCGUGAUUGCCGUGGAGGAAGCUCGUUCAGCAGAUCAAAAACAUAAGGACUUCUUAGACAGACUUGCUAUUGCGGAGGGAGUUGAAGUUCAGUUGAGUCAGGAACUGGAGAAGGAGGUUGAAGUCUCCGUCAAGCGUCAGCUUCUCUUAUCUAUGGUGGAAAAAAAGAAGGAAGAAGUUGAAGAGAGGUUCUCAUGUUUACUUGAGGAGUUGAACACCACAAGAAAGUAUUUAAGUACUUCUAAUUCUGAAGUAGACAGGCUUCGGAGCGAGCUGGAUGUCCUAAGGCAGGAGAAUCAGUCUAAAGAUGCCGAAAUCAAUAGAAUGAUGGAAUUGGCACGGAUUACAUCAGAAGAGAUGAAGGAUCUUGCUAAAAAGUUUGAGCAGAUCCUGAAAGAGAAAGAGAUUGCUGAAAUAGAAAUAGAUUAUUGGAGAAGGCUUGCAGAUGACACAGGUGCGAAGCUGCGACCCAUCGCGCACAAGGAGGAGACUCAUUGGCAUGAAAUGAAAUCUUACGGGCCACCGAUGAAAUCUGACGAGCAACUUCGAGCCACCGAUGAAAGAUUGUCAGCUCUGAGGUCAAAACCAUUAGCGAUGAAAUCGGGAACUACUAACUCAAAGUCCCUAUCUCAACAGAUGGAGUUUGAAGCAUCAGCUAAUAAUCUGAACUGUAACGCUCUGGCUUUGUGCGACGAAAUAAAAACUGUACAAAACCCCAUAUUUGACUUUGAAAGGUUCGAUCACACUACGCAUCAACAAAUAUUGAAGGAAUUGCAGCUGGAGCUCGACGAAGCUAAGGAGAAGCUAAGGGUUCAGGAUCUUGAACACAAAGCCAUGCUUAUAAAACUCACUGAAAAAGGAGAGACCGAGCUACAACAAAAGGACUUACAACUUGCUACCGUGGAGGCGAAAUUAUGCCAAGUCUUGUUACAAUUGGACAAAAUGAAGCGAAAUGAAGUUCAAGUUUCUUCUGAACAAAGCGAAGAAAAGAUUUUUUUGCAAUACAUCAAUGAGGAUGAUCAGGAAGUACUGCCUGUAAGCACCAAGAAAGAGACUGAAAAAAAUAUACCUGCAAGCGAGACAAUUGAAGAUUCAAUGCAAAUUGAUCAGGAAGAUGAGGGGGAACUUGGUUUCGAAGUGCUCCUUCAUCAGGGGAAUUUAGAUCUGGAGAGAGCCUCAAAUACUCAAGAAAAUAAUAGCGCUGAUGUGGUUCAAUGUCACAACGCUUCAAGACUGGAACGAGUUUGCAGCUUCUCAUACGCAUUAGAUCCUUGCUCAUCGCCUAACAAGGACGAUAUUGUCGAAAAACCGCUUAAAAUAACUGAGUUUGACAUGGGCUUCACUUUCUCUACAACAGUCCAAAUUUUGAAAGUCGAGGAUAAUCCAGCAUUGUCUCAAAACCUCUCAAGGUCUCGCAGCUCUGUUAAAAGAAAACGAGAAACCAUACCCAGAACAAAUGAUAGCUCUGAAGAAGAAUCGGAUAGCGCAGUUUCAUAUGAGGAUAUUGAUGAUGCUGUGAUUCCGAUUCCUAUGAACGGUACACAACCGCUUGAUGAAGACCUAUUCAAUGCUUUGGGGCAUCAUUCUCGAAAUUCUUUAUCAACUCUUAGAGCAGGAUCACAUGAUCCUACAUCUCCAGUCUUCGCAGGAGGCAGAAUGGAAAGAACUGUUAUACAUACCAGGGAGGACAUCGAAAUUUUGGGCCUGGCAUUGGAAGUACGGAGGAUAGAUCAGCAACUUGCAGAGAUGGAGAAAGCUGGAGGUGUUGAAUCGUCGGAGAUUAUUCAAUUUAGAAUUCCAACAGCUAUGGUGGACUCGAGUCUCAGCAAGCAACCUAGGCGAUCCGCAGGGUUGGUAGAGAGGGUUAACCGACUCGCGAAGCAUAUGGGCUUCACAAGCCCAGUGCCAAUUGCUGUAAUCAAUUCAUUCGAAGAUGUGAAUCGAAUUUGCAUACAGGGUGCCGCAGAAUCAAAACAGGAUUCAAGAUCGAGUCCUCAACCAUCCGAAAAUCCCCCAAUCAAUUACUUAACCACUCUCCAGCGGAGGGCGGAGAUAGUUAGCGAAAAGCUUGUAGCAAUUCGAAACAAACUUCUGAAGUGCAGUUCUUCUGGUUCGUCAUUGUUUCCGACACACCAGUUGAUGGAUAAUGUUCAAGCUCACCUGCUUCAGGUUCAGACAGCAUUACGUGCCAGAUUGACUACGAUCACCAUGGACCCAGCUCACUCCAUUUCUGCUAAUCAACUAGCUCAAGUGCAUCCAAUGGCCAUCACUAUGGAGGAGCAUAAAAGUAGGCGCACAUUUGGAAGAGAACCGAAACAUAGAUCUUCAAAGUACCAUCUCUAUGCACAAGCUCUGCUCGGUUACUCUAUUUUGUACUCUGUUUCGCAAUGGCGAUAACAUUACCAUUUGUUUCCAAAAGUUCAACAAAAAUGCAGACUGGAUGCGGAGAUUUAUCACCCGACGCGGAAGGCCAAAACACAAUCUUUCCUGCGAAAGUUGGUCAUGCAUCUGCAUUAAUACUACAUCAUUAGCUGGCGAGAAUGACGUUGUACCAAGCUUACUUGAAAAUAAAAUGCGGCAUUAAGUUGCAUAAAUUUCAAGCAACUACAGAUUAGCACUCGACUUCAUUUGGACAUGAAGAAACCAUUGAUUAUGCCGCGAACCGAAUCGGAACACAUGGUCUGGUUCAAUGAGUUGUACAAUUUCAGAUGAAAACCGGAUUUCAUGACGCUAGAGUAUAAAAGACCUGCAGAGGGCAUAUGUGACAUGGUGGCCAUCUGUAUCUCGACGACAGGAUACACAUGCAGCUAUAAUGCUUUUCCCAAUGCAACAUGGUGUUAGAAAUCUGUUCCUACACAUCUAACUGCGAGUAACUAUUCCUACGGAGAUUAUGACUAGACAGGAACUCGUAUGCAGUGUUUAUUUUCAACACUAUUCAACCAGUCCUGAUCAGCAAUCUCCGUGUGCAUGGAAAUAGUAAUCCCAUCGAAAGUACUUUAUUCUCAGUAUUGAAGCCAGUAGCCCACAUAUUUGUCGAGGCUGUUAUUUGGCUACAUUUAUUGUUGAAGUGGUUCAAUACCAAUGAUUCCAAAAAUCAAUGACGACCUCAGGAGAUGAAAAGUGCGUCAAGUUGGUUCCUAUCUGCAAAUGUAAGUGUCGUUCCUUAAUCAAGUAACUAAGUGAGUAGCAAGAGGACCGUAUGUUCCUUCCCUCAAAGCUCUUUUUCCUCGGUUUCAUAAUAUUUAAAUAAAAUUUCUUCGCUACGUGCUCUAUGCUGGUUGCAUAUCUGAGCUAUUUCUUUUGCA